UGGGCUGCAUCGCUGGCCGCGCCACAUCUCCUUGCUCUGUGUCCGCGCGUAUCCAGCCGGCUCUUCUGCAGCGGGGUCUCGGGACGCGCCCAUGCGGCCACUCACCAUGUCUGGGCACUUUCUGCUGGCGCCCAUCCCCGAGUCCUCCUCCGACUACCUCCUGCCCAAGGACAUUAAGCUGGCGGUACUGGGCGCGAGUUGUGUGGGCAAGAGCGCAAUGAUUGUGCGCUUCUUGACCAAGAGAUUCAUCGGCGACUACGAACCCAACACAGGCAAACUGUAUUCGAGACUCGUCUAUGUAGAGGGGGAUCAACUCUCCCUACAGAUCCAGGACACUCCGGGAGGCAUCCAGGCCCAAGACAGCCUCGGUCAAAUGGUGGAUUCUCUGUCCAAAUGUGUGCAGUGGGCAGAGGGCUUUCUGCUGGUUUAUUCCAUAACAGACUAUGAGAGCUACCAGUCCAUUCGGCCCCUUUACCAGCACAUCCGGAAGGUCCACCCUGAUGGAAAAGCCCCCGUCGUCAUCGUGGGAAACAAAGGGGACCUUUUGCAUGCCCGGCAGGUGCAGACACACGAAGGUCUUCAGCUCGCCAAUGAGCUGGGUAGUCUCUUCCUUGAAAUUUCUACUAGUGAAAACUACGAAGACGUCUGCGAUGUGUUUCAACAUCUCUGCAAAGAAGUGAGCAAGCUGCACAGCCUCAGCGGGGAGCGGAGGAGAGCAUCCAUCAUCCCCCGGCCCCGAUCCCCCAACAUGCAGGACCUGAAGAGGCGCUUCAGGCAAGCCCUGUCCUCCAAAGCAAAAGCAGCCUCCACCCUGGGCUGAUCCAUCGCAGACAGACUGACAUAGUAUUAUCACUAAGCAUUUGUGCUGCCACAAAGACUGGCCCUUUCCUCCUUUAAAACAUAUCCAGGGGUUGGGGAUUUAGCUCAGGGGU